AUGGAAGGCUUGCGGAUCAAGACCCCUCCUGUGCGAGGAAGUGAACAGCUCGAUCGACCUCCGUUGCCGAACAAGCAAGGCUUCUUCAAGAAGCUCCUGUCUUACUUCUCUGCCAAGAAGGCCCAGGACGACUACGAGGUUCAGUCGGUCAAGUCCGAAGCAACCUUGAAGGACGACCUGAGUGAUGCCAACCACAUCUUUGAUGCCGAGGAGCAUUCCUCACGCCCUCCAGACUCGGGGAGGAGGUCGAACAGCAUCAGCGUGUCUGCAAGAGACGACGUGAGCGUUACGAGCUCAAGGAGGACGAGGGAGGUGAAGUCAAGGGCAGACAAGGACGGAGACGAACAGCAAAGCGUCACAUGGUCGGAAGAUCGUUCGAGGGACGCGAGCCCUGCAGGAGGGAAGGACGUCCAGCUCAAGGACUCGUUCAAGAUCCUACGUGAGCCGCCGGUCUGGUUCGACCCAGUGGAAGACCGAGUGAGGAGCCGAUGGUUUUCAGUCCUGUCGUUCACCUGCAUCAUCUCUGUGCUCUCUACAGUCCUGCUGAGAGGGGUCUGGGAUACCUCAACCGUCCUGAAGCUCGACAAGCGCCCAGUGCUCAAGACCCUCUUCGCAAGCGGCAACCCGAUGAUCAUUGACUGCUACCCGUUGACCAACAUGUCCUUCAAGGUACAGGCCUUGAACAGGAACGGAUGGCCGUUGAGGGAUAUCACGAUUGCGGUGCACGUGGUUGACUUCAGGCUGAGUCCUGUCGUUCGAUCUCGACUUCCCUUCUGCGACCCAACGUGGUCCAGCACCGCCCAUGCGGCGAGCAACCAGCCGGUUUGCCAAGUGAGUCUCGUUGGAAGUUCCGUCCUUACAGACCGAGAUGGAGUGGCCGACUUCAAGCGUCUGGCUUUCGACGCUGCGUUGCCGGGAGCUUAUCGUCUAGAGUUCUACACGGCCGAGUCGGCAUUGAAUGCUUCCGAGUGGGUGACAGUCAAGCCUGCCAUCUCCUCCAUCGAAGCCGAUCCCCUCGCUUCCCCGGGUCGCGAGUCAGGCACAGAUAUCCAGUUUGACAACCGGGAGGUUCCGAUGAAGCUCUCGAGCUCUCCUCCAGCUCUUCGAGUGAUCGCAGGUGGAGGCUUUGCUGGGAUUGGUUCGCUGCCGAGUAGGGGAGUCCCUGGGAUCGAUCUGAAUGUCACCGUUCACGCUGUCGGGUUGGACUUCCGUUACGAUCUGAACGGAAGUCUAGAGGAGACGAUUGCACUGGAUGCUGAGGAGAUGGAGCAAUGGUCUUUGGGUUCUGUUGUCCUGUCAGGAAACACAGCUCAGGCAAGCACUGAUGGUUUCGUCAGCUUCCCAAACCUCUCCGUAUUGGGCUACGAUCAACCCCUGCUGCUCCUCGCGUUUGUCUGUCACGGGGAAGUUUUCGUGUGGUCUCAGGUGCAGCUCCAACCAGCAUUCAAUGUGAGCGAGCGGGCGGCAAGCUCCGAUGGCUUCGGCGCGCUUGCUACCGUCGCCUUCCUCCACCUCCCAGCACCACUGGCGGCGAGCUCCCCUUCCUCUGUUUCCAUCCUCUCGUGGCCGGACCGGGCAGUAGAAGGCGAGCAGUUCGAGGUCAAGUUCCAGCAUCCCAGCUCGCUCGAUGGAGCUGCGCUAGUGCCCCGCGUCCGACCUCUCCCCUCCGCUGUGCAGACAGCUGAGCUCUACCUAGAGGGUCCUUCCUCCAUCGCCUUCGGGGAGAUGCGAACUCCAGUGAGGAUGAACGAGAUAGACUCUAGGUUCAAGAUCCUGCUGGGCAGCCCUGCUGUGGUCCUGCUGGGGAGUGCGGGGAGCGGGAGAGCGGCGGGCACCUUCCGUUUCUCCACCUUCGGGGCUGCUGGGGAGUACGAGGUAAUCUUCUACCUCUUCGGUCGGCCAGUAGCGUCCAGGCAGAUCAACGUGACAAGCUCAGUCGGGCUCGUGACUGUCGGAGCCUCCCCUUCCUUGUGCGGCCCCUCCUACCAGCCCGUCUGCCGCCAUGCCGGGGGCCAGUGCUCCUUCGGGCAUUUCUUCGGGGACAAGCUCGUCCCGCCCUCCUCGCCGUGUCAGGGUCUUGUUGCCAUGACGGUGUAUACGUCGCUAGAGCUGGGCCAGUCGCUGCUGUGGAUCCUCGUGCAUGGCUCUUCCUCCAACGCCUUCGUGCCUGGCAAAUUCGUCGAGCUCCAGAUGGUCCCCUGGGGAGUCAACGUGUCCUUGUGGUCGAGCUACAGCGUCGACAUGAACCCCGUCGUGACCAGCUCCAAAUUUGUCGCUGGCUCCGGCAAGUAUGGCUCCGCCUCCCUCGCCUCCUUCCAGCUCCUCGUCGUUCCUCCCUCCAUCAGCUCCCUGCAGCCAUGCUUGAGGAUAGACGACACGCUCUAUCCCACGGGAAUUCAAGUGCAGGCAUCGAGCAUGGUGCUAGAGGCUGAGGCCGCUUGCUCAGCCUUGCGCGCCUGCGCCUUCAUCAGGACAGUCGUUGGAGUCCCCGACAUCGUGCAGGCAGGAGAGGUUCUGAAGCCCUUCCCAGCAGCAAGGAUCGUUGACGCAAGGGGAGAAGGUCUGUCAGGGCGGCUGGUCUGUUUCAUCUAUGGGACAGCCAAGUAUUUGGAGGCUGCAACGAGCCUGCAGGCGUUCGUAGACGACUCGGUGGUGCCGGGGCUGAAGAACAGCACGCAAGCCUCCCUGGGCCUGAUGGACAUACAGGAGGCCAGCUUCCCCAGGGCCUGCAACUUCACAGAGAGCACUGGUGACGUCACCUUCACCAACCUCUUCAUCAACUCCUCCUCGACUGACAACUCUACCCGCACGCUGUGGAGGUUCGUCGCGCUCAACGCUUUCUCGAACGAGCAUAUCUCGUGCUUGAGGGGAUACUCGGCCUGGGCCCCCGCCUGUGCGAGCUCCGUCCGCUCCUCCCUUGUACGCAACCCCAUCGCCCGCAUCGUCACAGGCCCCACCCCCCUCGUUCAGUCCGCCACCGUCAACGGGCAGCCCUCCCUCCUCCUCGACCCGUCCGACUUCUCGUCGCAAAGUCGCAGCAUCAACUUCUCCAUCCCUGUCUCCUGCUACGACGACCUUGACGCCCUCGUGCCCUUCCACGGCCUCGAGGUGCGGAUGUCUCACUUGUGGAACAGCCGGUCGGAGGAGGCGGUGAGCAUGGACUACAGCAUGUCCGUGAGCACCAGCGAGCUCUUGAUCAGCCUGCACACAACCCUAGCAGGCGUGUACGUGCUGGAGCUGAACGCGUUCAACCUGCGGAGGAGAGUCUUUCUGCGGAUGAGGUACAGCAAGGUCAGUGCCAUGGCCCAGCUCAGGGAUCGCAACGCGUUCUACAGCGACUUCACUCCCAUCCCCUGUGUGUGGGACUGCGACGCCAAGAACGUCUCCAACAUCGGGCAAGUCCACCCGCAGGACCUCAGGUUCUCCCUCCUCGACCAGAGCGGGAAGGCGGUGGAGGGGGCGCAGGUCUACCUGCUCCUCGAGUGCGUAUCCCAGUGCUCGGCCAACGCUGGGCAGCUGUCAGGCAUCGUCUCCCUACAGUCCGCGUUGCACUCGGAUGGUGAGACUUACGCGCACGUGCCGAGCCUGUCGCUGUCAGCAGCGAGGCCGGGCACCUAUCGCUUCCAGGUCUUCCUGUUCGGCCCUUCCUGGCAGUCUGCUGCCAGCCAGACCUCCAAGCUCCACAUCCUGACGUCUGAGUUCACCGUCAUGGACCAAGUCUACAUCUCCUACUCCACUCCCCCCUUCAACCUCCUCCCCGGCAGGGCCGACAUGCUCCUGUGGAACAAGACUGCGCUGGGUGCGGGAGGAGGAGGGGGUGAAGAGAUCCUGGCAGCCGUCUCUGUGCGCAUCCAGCGCUGGAGCGGCAAUACCGCCUUCCUCUACCCGAGCGCAUGGCGACCUCCUGUGCUCACCGUCCAGAUGGCGGGACUUGCCGUCGGGACGCAACCAGGAGCAGGAGACACGGAGGUUGUCAACGUCACCCUACAGGGCCUUCAGCUGGGGUAUGCUCGGGCAGCCAGCACGGGCUCCCCGCUCCUCGCUUCCUCCUCUAUCCUUGGUAUGUCGAGAACCUUGCGUUUCGGGUGGUACUCGUUCGCGAUUGGGGGUGAGGGGGUGACCAGGGACGUAGAAACUCUGCUGGACAACAGCUCGCUGUGGCUGCCGGAGGGGCAAGGUUACUUGCUCUCUCCUCCCUUCGGCGUAUCGGAGAAGCCCUUCCUCCUCAGCAUCAUCAGCAGGAUACCGCAGGUGGUUGGGCAGGGGCAGGAGUUCCUAGUGCGCGUGCAGGCCAGGCUGGCCAACGGGCAGCCGCUGGAGGGCGUGACGGUAGAGGCGGAGAUCGCAGUGGAGUGUACAGCUGAGGACGCGAGCUACUGCGGGCCCCUACAGUUCAAGACGGUCAGUGGCGGCCCCUCCCCCCAGAGCUCCUACCUGUUCAAGGAUCAGGUGCUGAUAACUACCGUCUACACCACCCGACUCAUCCUCCUCACCACCACCGGCUUCUCCCUCAACGCCUCCACCGACGUCACCGACACCAACGGCGUCGCUGACGUGCUGGUGGUGCUGGGAAGGGCCCAGCCUGGUCGUUAUCGCAUCCGCUUCCGCAACGGGGGCACGUUCAGCGACGAUUCAGAUCCUUUCCUUGUGACCAACCUCGUCGCCUCGAUCAACAUCUCCGUCCCUCUCGUCGGAACGGCUCCUGGACUCUCCGUCCCCAAGCGCUCGCUCGGUCCCUACGACUUCAACCUGGGCAGCAGCUUCGUCUCCCUCCCCUCCGUCUACACCAUCACCGGGGUCGUCGGCUCCCAGCCCACCAUCACCUCAGCUCAGGUCCGCGUCCUCGACAGCAGCGGCAACGCACUGCGAAGGAGCUCAGAGGUUUCGCUGCACAUCGUGACGUGCGGGCAGGACUGGGUGGAGCCAGGAACCCUAGUGUUCCCUCCCAACACCACUAGCGGGUGCGAGGAGUUUGUAGACUGGAACCUGACGCAGCCUCCGUCGUGGGUGUGCGAGGAUGGAGCAUGCGACAGGGGCUACACGCUCUUUGCUGGGGUCAACUUCUUCACAACAGCUGAGACAGGCUUCUACUACGUCUUCUUCGCCUCUGACGGGUACGUGGCCAGCCAGGCGCAGCCCCUGUACGCCAGCAACCUUGCAAUCCCAGCUGCAUCUGAGCUGCUCUCGUACCGGCUCGUGCUGAUGCUCGGGCUGGGAGGGAUGAUCCUCCUCCUCAACGCCAACAUCGUGGACAGAAGUCGGGUCUGGAUUCAACUCUCCCUCCUCGGCUGCAUAGUCUUCGCCAUCGUUUCUGCCUUGUACUUCCGUGCUGUGAUCGCCUCCUAUGGGUCUCCUUCCAAGGUGCAGCAGGAGAUCGUCCUGUGCGGAGGGCUCAUGGUGAUCAACACUUUCGCCAUCACCAUCAUCCUCCUUCGGCUGGUGGUUCAGACUGACAGCCUGCAGUACUUCACGUACAGGCAGAAACGCUACCUGACUGCCUUCAGAAACCUGCUGGUCAGCCCUGAGGCCAGGGAGAAGAAGGUGAAGAGGACUUGGAGCAUGCGGAGGAAGAAGAACAGAGUUCACCCCAAGGAGGAGGAGGUCACCAGAGCGUCCUCCUCCUCCCAUGGCCCCAUGGUGCACGGACACAACCUGGGCAGCAACGAGGACGGGAAGGCGCAGGCUGAGGCCACCGGGCUGCAAAAGAGGAGGGAGAUCUUGAGGAAAGAGAACGCCAAGGACCGCGAGAUCGUCCUUGCUCGCAAGGCGUCAACGGAGGAGGCGAUGGCGCGGCAGAAGAAAGUUCGGAUCCAGGACGAGAAGGAGGUCAAGAGGGAGGUGGUGGAGUUGGAGGGCUUCUGGGGGCUCCUCGGCAUCCUCGCAGACUACGGGAAGGAACUCGUGGACCGGCUGGUCGGGGAAGGAGGAGGAAGAGGAGGAAGCUUCGAGACGGGCUUCAACUACCCCGUCCGCCUCCUCCAGGGCUUCGGGAUGUCAGCCUGCGCCGUCUUCGUUCUCCUGGUUGCCCUACAGUCGCUGACCAACAGGGUCGUGUUCGGGCUCGAGAGACUGCGAGCAGAGGUCGUGAGGUACCGUGAGGCGCUGGGGAACUACCAGACCUCCGUCUCCUCCUCCUCCAGCAUGGCGGCCUAUCCUACCGCCCCCUACUCCAACAGGUACGACAUCGUCGCGCUCUCUUACACGGUAAUGGAGUCGAUCUACGGAGACGGGCCCGCGUUCUUCGAGCAGCUCCUCUCCUCCAUGCUCACGGGGACCUCGGCAGGUCAGCUAGCCAUCAUCGCCUCCUUCCUAUGGGCAUGGCUGCAGAUCUUUCGCUCCUACCGGCGGAUGAUGAUGCAGCUGAGGGCUGACCAUACCCUCAUCCGCGUCUGGCACUUCCCCAUCCAUGACGCUUCUGGCUACGUGGGGAGGCAGCUCUGGUCCAGCCUCGUGUCGGCCAUGCUGGUUUUCAUUCCCGUCUUCUUCCUCGUCUCCUUCCUCCUGUGGCAGCCCACCCAGCGCUUCUUUGUCUUCUUCGUCUUCCUCCCUCUUGGGGGGCUGGCUCUGAUCGAGCUCGGCUGCUGGGGACUGCGGGCCUGGGUCAACAGCAUAGCAGUGAGCGGCAUCUACAUCCGUUCGAGAAGGAUCUAUGGCGUCUACGACUUCAUCGGCCUCUACCUCCACUUCCUCACUGGACCCGCUCUCGCCGUCCUCCGCGUCCUCUUCACAUACGCUGACUUCGCCAUCAACUUCUGCAGGCUCGACAUCCCGGUGCUCGAGGGCUCCCUCGCCAACUUCGAUCCCGGGCAUGCUGCCUUCAUGGCGAUGCUCUACCUCGACUUCUUCUACAACGCCCCCGUCACCUCCGUCAUGGCCUACAACCUCUCCAACGCGCUGUACCGCCGGAGGGAGCUCAAGCAGAUCUCGGAGGCGGUAGGAGCCUCGAAGUCCAUCCUCCCCUUCCCCUUCCUGCCCUUCCUCUCUGGCUACGACUGCCUCCUGCUUCCCUUCUAG